AUUUGGUUUGACAGAUUUUGUAAUUAUAAGAUAUUUUGGGGAUUCUUAUGAAAACAAAAGAAGUGGUCUGUCCCCGCACCCUUACAAUAAUCAUAAAAGGCUUGAGAGUUAAACCCUAGCUUCUUUCAUUUUGGGUUACACCAGGCGGCGAGCGAGGGAGAGCAGCGAUAAACCUACACCACCAUGGGUAUCGAUCUAGUUGCAGGAGGUAAGUCCAAGAAGACCAAGAGGACCGCACCAAAAUCCGAUGAUGUUUAUCUCAAGCUUCUUGUCAAGUUAUAUCGCUUUCUUGUGCGAAGAACUGGAAGCAAGUUCAAUGCAGUUAUUCUCAAGCGUCUUUUUAUGAGCAAGGUCAACAAGGCACCACUUUCUCUUUCUAGACUGAUCCGUUACAUGCAAGGAAAGGAAGGUAAGGUUGCUGUGCUCGUUGGAACUGUCACCGAUGACAUUCGGGUUCAUGAUGUUCCAGCAAUGAAGGUCACUGCAUUGAGGUUUACCGAGACUGCACGUGCCAGAAUCGAGAAAGCAGGAGGGGAGUGCCUCACCUUUGAUCAGCUUGCUUUGAGAGCACCUCUUGGGCAGAACACGGUUCUUCUAAGAGGUCCAAAGAAUUCACGUGAAGCAGUGAAGCACUUUGGUCCAGCUCCUGGUGUGCCUCACAGUCACACUAAGCCCUACGUUCGCUCAAAGGGAAGGAAGUUCGAGAAGGCUAGAGGAAAGAGGAACAGCAGAGGAUUUAGGGUUUAAGCUGAGUUUAGUAGUAAUUAAAAGCAAACGACUAUCUAUUCUCUCCGACAAUUCAAUUUUGCUUGGUCUUAUGCUUUUUCUUGUUCUUGUGUUACAUUACAUGGAUUUUCAAACUUGGAUUGGUUGUUGAUGCUAGUUAUUUUGAUUAUCUUUCCCAUUUUAUAAAAUGACAUUUAAUACUUUUAA